UCUUCUUUGUCAAAGUCCUUCGUCGGACUCUUUCCUUCCGAUCACUGGUUUCUAAUAUGAUAUUAGAGCCUCUAUUCGUUGAUGCUGCUGUGUUCAGAUCGGCGAACGAUUACUAGUUUCUUCGUGUUAGAUCAAGUAUCUUACACAGAAUGAUGUUGUUACCAUUAAUCCGGAGUUUGAGUGGUUUGAGGGGCAAGACGGUGCUCUGCCUGCAUGGUUUUUAUCUACGGUGAGUGAAACUGUUCUUCCACACUUAAUUGGUUUAAACACUUCCUCUGCCAUUCGGAACACCUUACAUCGUUUACUUCAAUCUCAACGAAAAACUAAUCUCAGUAUGCGUGACUACUUGAUGAAGAUUAAGAAUAUCUGUGACAAUCUUGCUAACUGUGGUGAUGUUAUAUCUGAACAUGAACACAUAAUGACUGUUUUGAAUGGUUUACCUCCUGAGUAUGAUUCUAUUAUUACUGCCAUUGCUGCUAGUGCUACUGCUUCCGAUUUAACUGUUGUUACUACCAUUUUACUUGAUGCUAAAGCUCGUCAAGGUAGUAUAGUUGAAUCUGUUACUGAUGCUACUCAUACCGUUUCUGCUGAUUUUCAGCAGACUAAUAAUAGUUUUUCUAGUCAGAAUAAUUCUCAGAAUUUGCAACAUGAAAAUAAUAACUAUGCUCAGAACAAUAGAGGUAGAGGGAGAGGUUGGAGUUCUUCUAGGCUUCAAUGUCAGUUGUGUGGGAGAUUAGGUCACCUUGUGGAUAAAUGUUACUGUAGAUUUGAUAAGAAUUUCAAGAAUGAAUCUGCUAGAAAUUCGCAGAGUCAAGGAUAUUCUACAAAUCAGGCCAAUAUUUGUACUUAUAAUGCUCAUGGCUCUGUUUCUUCCCAUUCGUGUAAUUCUACUCAUCCUUGUCGUAAUAUUGUUUACACCGCAGUUGCUGCAGUAAGUUCAGCUCAUGCGUGUCAUCAGUUUAAUUCUCAGAUGGUUCCUCAACAUAUUCAGCCUGCAGCAUUUACUGUUUCUCACAGUCUCCAUCACGUGCCACAAUCUGUUUACAUUCAUGUUACUCAAUCAGUAACUUCAGUACCUGUUUCGGCAUACUCUUUUGCUACCCAAUAUAAUGAUAAUGUUCAAGUUCAUGUUCAUGUUACAGCUCCUGAAUUUGUAGCAGACAAUGCAUGAUACCUUGAUUCAGGUGUCACUCCCCAUCUUACAAAUGACCUUAUUAAUCUGCAGAUUGGUGCAAUGUGUCCUGGGUCAGGACAACAAGGUUUCCCUUGCAUUCUUUCUACAGCCUGUGUUGUUCGAGAUUUAAAUACCAGGAAGGUUCUUCUAUAAGGUCGUGAGUCAGGUGGACUGUAUAGCUUAGCAGCUUCGAGAAUAAAUCUACUACUGUUGGUAGCUUUAUGUUAAAUAAUAGUUCUGCUGCUAUAAAUAGUGUUAGUAAUAAUUCCAUUUCUUGUCAUUUGUCUUCUGCUGAUUCUUCUUUAGAUGUAUAGUACAGAGACUUGGUCAUCCAUCUUUGGAUGUUCUGACUAAGACUCUU